UGCUUGAAUCGCAAGAGUUUAAUCCCAAAAUAUGGAUUUUGAUCGGGUGCUCGAGAAGUGCGGAAGUUUCGGACGCUUCCAAUUCGUUAUCUUGAUAUUGUACGGCUAUACGAAUAUAUUGAGCUCAUUGCAUUACUUCUCGCAAACCCUUAUAACAUUUACGCCGGAGCAUUGGUGCUCCCAUGAUGAUCUUCAUGGCCUCAGUGCAGAGUCGAUACGCGCCGUUUAUUCAAAUGUAACGGACCCCGCCUGCACGUUACUCAGUGGCGUCGUUAAUGGCACGGGCAUUGCUGCCGAGCAGGAAACCUGCCAGAAUUGGAUCUUCGAGCGUGAAAGCGGCUACGAGAGCUUAACGACGGAGCUCCGCUGGGUCUGCGACAAGUCGCAUCAGCCGGCCGUGGGCCAGUCCUUCUUCUUCAUAGGCUCCGUGGUGGGCACCAUAACGUUUGGCUACCUCUCCGAUCGUAUUGGCCGGCUGCCAGCCAUGCUAAUGGCCGCCUUAGCUGGGGCAUCCGGGGACUUUAUGACCUCAUUUGUGCACACUCUGCCCUGGUUUGCGUUCUCCAGAUUUGUGUCGGGCCUCUCCACCGACACGAUGUACUAUUUAAUGUACAUUUUGGUGUUCGAGUACCUCAGCCCGAAACGUCGCACCUUUGGCCUUAACAUCAUACUCGCCUUCUUUUACUGCUUCGGACUGAUGACCUCGCCCUGGCUGGCCAUCUGGAUUGGCAACUGGCGCCACUACCUGUGGAUGGCCUCCUUGCCCGCCCUCGGCGUGCUCGUUUAUCCGCUUCUGAUCUGCGAGAGCGCUCAAUGGUUGCUCACGAAGAAGAGAUACGAUCAAGCCGUGAAGUGCCUCAAGUGGGUGGCUAAAUUCAAUGGGCGUCAAGUGGAGGACUCUGUGUUCGACGAGUUCAUCAAGCACUAUCGAGAGAAGGUCAUCGAGGAGGAGAAACAUAGGAAGCACGAGGACACAUUUAUGGGCAUGUUUAGAACACCGCGUCUACGACGAUUCACCCUGACAUUGCUGCUCAAAUCCGUCAUUAUUACACUAUCCUACGAUGUGAUUAAUCGCAAUAUGGAGGGCCUCGGCACAUCGCCCUUUAAGCUUUUCUCUUACACCUCGAUCAACUAUUUGCCAGCCGGCUGCACCAUUCUGCUGCUGCAAAAUAUAAUCGGGCGCAAGGGCAUGGCCUGCGGCGCGCUCCUGGUGGGCGGCAUCAUUACCACAGUGACGGGCUUCCUCAUUGCCUUCCUGGACCCGAAGGAAAACGCUCUCCUGCUGGCCAUCAUGAUCGGCUUGGGUCGCUAUGGCUCGACCGUCUCCUACGAUGCGGAGAUUCAAUACGCCGCCGAGAUAAUACCAACCAGUGUCCGAGGACGAGCCGUCUCCAACAUUCAUGUGAUUGGCCUGGCCUCCAGCUCGUUGUCCUUCUACGUUAUCUACUUGGCAAAGUUUUACAAGCCACUGCCGUCGAUAUUCAUAAGUUGUCUCAUGUUCCUUGGCGCUGGCCUCUGUCUGACGUUGCCGGAAACUCUACACAAAAAACUUCCUGAUACCCUGGCCGAAGGGGAACGCUUUGCGAUGAACGAGAGCUGCUUGUAUUUCCCGUGCAUCAAGAAACAUCGCGAAAGCCUAACCCCAAAUGGCGAUAACAAGUCUGAUGCUUAGGUCUUUGCUUACCUAAAUCAAUGCACCUGAAACUGAAUAAAUAACCAAACCC